AUGAAUAUAUCGAAACAUAUUCAUAUUAUUGGUAGCAUUGCUACUUUAUUACUUUUAACAUCAGUUGUUUAUUCUAUUUCUUCUGAAUCAUAUAGAUCACAUCAUAGAAUACACAUUAAACAAACACAUAAUUAUUGUGAGGUAAUGAACAAUGGUUUGAUGUUCUACAAGUAUAAUCGUGCCGGUAGACUAUCGGAUAAUGACGUUCCCUGGAGAGGACCAUCGGUACUUAAGGAUGCCAGUCCAAAUUCGACACCAAAUGCCAACGGCGACGGUGAUUUAUCUAAAGGUUACUUUGAUGCCGGAGAUGGUGUAAAAUUCGCUCUUCCAAUGGCCGCCUCUAUGACAAUCUUGGGUUGGGGUUACCUCGAGUACAAUGAAACCAUCGAAAAUUGCAACGGCAAACAGAUAUGGUUGGAAGACUUGCAAUGGGGAUACGACUGGCUCAUGGCUGCCCACUACGCUGAGAAUCGAUUCGCAGGUCAAGUCGGUGAGGGUAAUGCCGACCAUGCUUUCUGGGGUCCACCAGAAAUGAUAACAAUGGAUCGUCCGGUCUACAUUCUCUCGGAUACCGCACCGGGAACUGAGGUUGCCAUGGAGGCAUCGGCCGCUCUCUCCAUCUGCUAUAUGAUCUUCAAGGAUAUCAAUGUGACCUAUGCCGAGCGAUGUUUGCAACACGCCCAAGAUCUCUGGACAUUCGGUGACACCUACCGUGGUGUCUACUCUGACUCGAUCCCCGACGCCCAAGAUUUCUACAAAUCGUGGUCGGGCUACAAGGAUGAGAUCGUAUGGGGAAGCAUCUGGCUCUACCGGGCAACCGGUGACAAAGAGAAGCUUGCACGUGCCGUUUCCGACUACGCUGCUUUCGGCAUCGGUGAAAUGGCUCAAGCCAAUUCUCACGAUUGGGAUUUGAAAGCACCGGGUGUUUCACUCUUGAUGUCACAGCUGUUCCCCGACAAUGAGACCUACAGAAAUGACAUCGAGCAAUUCCUGAAUUGGUGGCUUCCAAAGGGUGGCGUUCCCUAUACUCCAGGUGGAAUGGCAUGGAUCAGAAUGUGGGGACCUGCAAGAUACACUGCUACCACUUCAUUCCUUAUGUCUGUCUAUGGAAGACUGACAAACACCCAGAAAUACACUGAUUUCACGGCGUCGCAAAUCAAUUAUCUUCUUGGUGACAACCCCAAUCGUCAGUCAUUCGUUGUUGGCUAUGGACCAAAUCAUCCGAUUAACCCACAUCAUCGUGCCAGUCACCAUUCUCUUACCAACAAUAUUAACAACCCAGUAAACAACACCUACCUAUUACUUGGAGCUCUUGUCGGUGGACCAGGUGUUGAUGACUCCUACGUUGACAAUCGUCUCGAUUAUGUAAAGAAUGAAGUGGCUUGUGAUUACCAAGCCGGUUUCUUAGGUGCUGUCGCCUACCUCUCAUCAACCAAUUAA